AUGCACUCAAUAAAAUCCCAAUCUACCCCCGUCAAAGACGGAAGACGUGUUCUCGGUGAGAAGACCGUUAACGCGUGCCAAUCGCCUACAAGUCGGAACGUGGACGCUCUCUUGAAGACGGGAUCGCCUGUCAAACGAAGUCUCUUUAAAGGAUUGUCUCACAGGAAAUUAUCAUCAUCUUUCUGUGCUGGGCAAAAAAGGACAAUAGACGAUGUGGAAGGAAACGAAGUAACCAAACCCGGCUCGCGAGGCAUCGUGCAGCUGGUUCCGUCAUUGAACAAGGAACAAGCACAAGGAAGCGAACAGUCCGCAGCUGAGGAUGGAAUACAGCAAAACACCCAACUAGACGCGACUGAAUCAGACCAACAAACAGGCCACCACAACGCGUCGUCACUUCCAGACAAACAUAGCUAUCCAGGCAAAGAAACCAGGUCAACGACAACUAUUCCAGGAGACUCCGAGGCGAGAAGACGAUUCAUCCAGAAUAAAGCACACUUGCUUCGCAGCCGGAUCCAGAGCGCUAUGCAUCACGUCAGAGACCACGAAUUUGAUCGCAGGCUAUCAGAACUGGAAGCCCACAGCCGCAAGAUCCCAAGAUUAUCACUUCCCUCAACUCCUAUAUCACACAUUGUCAGAAGAGCAACGACGCCUCCUUCAGAAGAGACUCCAAAACUCCAGCAUGCACCAGAACUGAAAUUGGCUUCCCGAACAUCGUCUAACCCAUCCGGCCUGUCUUCCCCGCCAUUGUCAGCUGGCGAUUCCGGUGACGAAGAGACGAUAACCCCCAGGCAGAGUACAACGCGCUCUCGCUUGGGCUCUCCGCUGCAACUGAGUAGCCCUCCCGCGACGGUACUGCGAGGGGGGUGUGCGAGAACCCAAACAGAAGAAAACAGCCCCAGGACAGUGCGCGGGCGCUCCUACACAGCCGACGAACAUACAAUGCCGUCACAAAAGGGGGAUGCUGUUGACGGCCUGCUUAAACUCAUGAAAGUGGAAACCCCUGAAACCUUAGACGACUGGACUGGUUGA